AUGAUGGCGAGAUUAUGGGUUUUUCUAAUUAUCGAUGUCGUAUUUGUGUCUGCUUAUUUUGCCUGCGGAAGGAACAAGUUUGAGGUUUGUCUUUCGAAUUUUAUUUUUCGAAGUUUAAUAAAUUACCAUGAGGCAGUAUGAAAUAAAGUAAAAAUCGUUUUCCGCGGAAUCCCUGAAGUUUAAAAAAAGGCUGUUAUUCGUAAUUUUAGAAUAGCAUUUCUACCUCUCAAAUCUUAAAGGCAUAUGGGGCAGUAAAAGACGGUGUUUCAGUUCAAUGCACUAUUGUAGAGUUUUUGAUUGCGAAUCGAAGCAUUUUUCAAAACUAAAGGCGGGAAAGUAAAAUCGCGUUUUUCUUCUAAAGUUGUCACAUCUGUAAUUUUUUUGAGUACACCAUUCGAUUCGCAAAGAAAAACUAUAUAAGAUACUUUUUUCACCUAAAACCCCAUUUUUUUACUGCCCCUAUGCUUUUAAUCUGUUCAGGAAGUCUUAAACCAGAAAAAAGAAAUUUAAAAAGUUCUAUAGAAUAUAUUUUUUCAUCUAACUCUCAAAAAAUGACAAAAAAUGAAAAUUCCUAACCCUUUUUUGAAGGUGGCCAAAAUUUUAUCAUCUCGAUUUUUCAGAAUGGUCUCGCCGACGUUUUGGUAACGCGCGACUGCAGGCCCAAAGUCGGUAAGUUUACAAAAAAGUUUCGAAUUUCGUUCUGAAAGCUGAUCCGCUUCAUGAUUUAAAAGUAAUAGAAUUCGAAAACAAGAUAUUUUCAGAAGCGUUCAACGAAUGCUGCAUGGCUCAUGACGAGUGUUACACGGCUCAAAGCGGAAAAAAGAGCUGCGACGACGUUUUCUGCGACUGCAUCAGUUCGGCUUCAAGAGAUACUCUUUGCAUAGUUGGCAACCUUCCAAAAACGGAAAUAAGUUCGUUUUCAGCGAGAAUCCAAAUGGUUCUGUCUUCUGGUUCGAGUUGCCGGCGAUAGCGCGUAUUACGGGAGCUGA